GAGAAUUUUUUUUAAGGACAUCGAAGACCACCUGUGAGAUUCUCACCCAAGCAAACGACUGUGGUCGGGGAGAGAGUAGAGAAUCAUGUCAUCGUUCACCGGCUCAUUCGGUGAUGAGUCGCGACUCAACUACUCCACUCGUCCCUUCGACGACGAUGGAUACGUAGGGUAUGAUUCUCGCCUAUCUUCCCAGCGAUUCGAGUCCUUCAGCAACUUUGAUAACGACUCGGUCAAGGACUCCGCCGGAGACUCGUCACCGAUCUUCACCUCCCAGGCAUAUAGCUCCGCCGAUGGCAUGUUCUCCUCUCAGCCGGUGAGCGAGAGUCCGCCAUCGAUCUUCUCUGGUGGCGGUGCAGGAUUCUCGACGUUCUCUACAGAGCAGAACGGCCAGGGAUUUAACGGAGGUUUUGGAGUGUCUGACGGUCCGAUCUUACCGCCUCCAGCAGAGAUGCAACCAGAGGACGGUUUUGCAUUGAGAGAGUGGCGAAGGCUGAAUGCGAUUAGGCUUGAAGAAAAGGAGAAGAAAGAGAAAGAGAUGUUGCAGCAUAUAAUAGAGGAGGCAGAGGAGUAUAAGAGGGAAUUUUAUAUUAAGCGCCAACUGACUAUUGAGAAGAACAAGGCGUCUAAUAGGGAGAAGGAGAAGCUAUUUUUGGCAAAUCAAGAAAACUUCCAUACUGAAGCUGAGAAGAAUUAUUGGAAGGCAAUUGCAGAGCUCAUUCCUCAUGAAGUGCCAGUCAUAGACAAAAGAGGAAAGAAAGAUCAAGAGAGAAAGAAACCCUCCAUUGUUGUGAUCCAGGGGCCGAAGCCUGGAAAGCCAACUGAUAUGUCAAGGAUGCGUCAAAUACUUCUCAAGCUUAAACAUAAUCCCCCUCCUCACAUGAAGCCCAAACCACCGCCAUCAGCAGAAUCAAGUAAAGAUGCUAAGGCUGCACCUCCUGCUACCACAACAACUACUCCUAAUGCUACUUCCACUAAGGCUGCAGCAACUCCUGAGGCUGUAGCAGCUGCUUGAGAACCAAAACUUCUAAAUGUUGAAUACUUAUGUGAAUGUAAUUAACUGUGAUUUUGAAGAGUUCAGUCUGAUCUUGAACUCUACAAUAUUGGAACCUGGCAUAUGAUCGAGCAUGUUAGGCAUCAAAUAGUUAUUGUGUAGACAGGUUUUGUGUGAUAUUUGGAGUGAUUACGCAUAGAAAGGCAUCUAGCAGGUACCCUUAGAAAGCUAUCAUAUGAUUGAGCAUGUUGUACGAAUUUUGUUUGCUUUACUGUCAUUUUUAUGUGGGCGUUGAUUAUUUCUCUCA